AUGUGCAGAGUUGCUCGCGUGCACGAUUCGGUGCAAAACCCCGCAGCAAAGACAUAUCGCCACAGCUUCGCUGUCGGAGUUUUUGCAUGGCAGCCACGCCAGGCGGGCCGUGGCAAGAACACCGUGUCCUCUGGCUUCGAGGGCCCUUGGACACGCAGCCCGUCCCGCUGGAACUAUGACUUCUUCGAUGCUCUGCUGUCGGAAGAGUGGGUGCCUGCAAAGAGCCCGUAUGGCGCUGACCAGUGGCACACCAGGAAUGAGACCAGCAAAUUUGCUCGGACCAUGCGGCUGACUGCGGACGUCUCCCUGGUUGCGGACAAAAUCUACCGCCCGAUCGUCGAGGAGUACGCCGCCGACCAUGCCCAGUUCGACGCGGACUUCGCCGAUGCUUGGUUCAAGCUGGUGCACCGUUCGGAAGACCAUCCGCACAAGGACGACCUUGAGAAGGAAGCCGGCGUUUGCACCAGCUUUGAGUUCACGACGCUCCUGCCGUGA